UGUAUGGUAUGGAUCAUCUGUCACAGGAUUUCAGUUCUGUUACUCUUUGGUUCUAAAUGCCAUUUGGAUUCACAGGGUGAAUAUUUCUAAUCAUUUUUGUUCAUAUCUUUCCAAAAACGGUUCUUAAGAUGUAUUUUAUGUUGUAGAGCAGUUUUCAUUAGUAUCACCUGCAGCCACUCCAGAGUAGGAGGCUCUUGGAAACGGCUCAGUGGGAGGGAGAUCCUCGAGGAGCUUUGGAGCCAGAAGCCUUGAGGCACACCUGGCUGUGAGGCCAGCUGCAAAACGCUGCAGGUGCCGAGCUGCUCAGCUGAUGCGUGAGGCAUUACUGUGGCUGUGAGCUGCUGAGGGCACUUACUCAGAGAAAGUCCUGCUAUCCUUAGCUGCUCUCAGUGGAAGUGUUGCCUUUCUAACCUGGAGAUGUGAUGGUCCAAGAGCUGCAGUUGCCCGUUGCGGUGCCGUGCAGGAGGCCGUGAUCACCAUGCUGUGGUAUAUGUCACAAGGAAAAUAUGCGGAAGCGAGAGAGUUAAUGUACUCAGGGGCUCUGCUGUUCUUCAGUCACAACCAGCAAAACAGUGCUGCUGAUCUGUCCAUGUUGGUUUUGGAGUCUUUGGAGAAGUCAGAUGCAAAAGUAUCAGAUGACCUUUUAGAAAACUUGGCAAAAUUGUUUAGUUUAAUGGAUCCAAAUUCUCCUGAAAGAGUGGCUUUUGUAUCCAGAGCACUGAAGUGGUCUAGCGGGGGAUCAGGAAAACUUGGCCAUCCAAAAUUACAUCAGUUACUAGCCAUUACCCUGUGGAAAGAGCAAAACUAUAGUGAAUCUCGGUAUCACUUCUUGCACUCCACAGAUGGUGAAGGCUGUGCAAACAUGCUCGUGGAAUACUCCUCAUCCAGAGGCUAUCGCAGUGAGGUGGACAUGUUUGUAGCACAGGCAGUCCUACAAUUUCUCUGCUUAAAAAACAAGACCAGCGCCUCAGUUGUUUUUACAACGUAUACACAGAAACAUCCUUCAAUAGAAAAGGGUCCACCCUUUGUGCAGCCACUGCUGAACUUCAUCUGGUUUCUGUUAUUGGCUGUUGAUGGGGGAAAACUAACAGUAUUUACAGUAUUGUGUGAACAGUACCAGCCGUCCCUGAAAAGAGAUCCCAUGUAUAAUGAGUACCUAGAUAGAAUAGGACAGCUUUUCUUUGGUGUUCCGCCCAAGCAGACAUCAUCCUAUGGAGGAUUACUAGGAAAUCUUUUAAACAGCCUGAUGGGAACUGGAGAAGAUGAUGACACAGAAGAUGGUCAGGAAGACAGCAGUCCUAUUGAACUGGACUGAGUAUUUUUGCCACAGGCUGCCGUGCACACUGACGAUUCAAUGACUCCAAAGACAGUUUUGGAAUUUGAAUCCUGCAGUUGUUUCUUGGCGCCUAAAAGGGCUCCUCCAGUCUUUUAGAAAUGGUUGCUGAAAUGUUUAUAAUGUUUGGUCUAUAUUAUUUAUGUAAACAAAAGAAAGAAACCAACAAAAAGUAGCCAAAAGAACCAAUGGCAGAGAUUGUUAGCAGGUUUCCGAUGCAGCGGCUGGUGACUUUGAUUAAAAUAUAGUCUACGGUUUCUGAUGCAGUAUUCCUUUUGCACAAUAACUCAGUACAUAGGGGUCUGCUCCACGACCUACCCACUACCACGUUUGGUACAAGAAGGCCUCCCUGACCUCUGCCAUCUGCCACGAACAUCCUGAAAGCAGGGUGAGUCACUGUGUAACUGAGGGCUGAGGCUGGUGCCAAAAGCCCUGCGAUGCAUGCGAGGAGCCUGGAGCACAGGGAGCUGCACAGCCAGGAUGCACUGACAGCAGGAGCUCCCUCUGCUGCAGUGAGAACAGCACUGCCUGUGUCUGUGGUGAGCUGGCUCUGCCUGAGCCCGUGUGUGUGUUUAGCUGAUACUUCUGAAAAGCACAAGAUUGAAUUGCUCUCGAGUGAAAGCUGAUCAGUGGAACGCAGGUAAUUGGCUCCACACGGAUCUCUCUUGCCUAGGCUUAAAAAUUGGGCAUGUAAAAUACCUCCUCUGGCUGGAGGCUCUGCUCCUUUGGAACAUUCUUUCUCAUUCUGAGUUCACACCCAUCUGUAACAGUGAACAGCCACGAGCAAUGUCUGCAUUUGAAAUGCAGCUAUAUGUAAAGAAAAGGGAUACUGCAGAACUUUUGGUUCUUUAUGAUAUAUUUAUUUUUCUCUGGUGAUUGAUUCAUUUAACACUUCGUGUAAAAAGGAUAAAUCAAUAAAUAAUGGAGUAAUUUCAACCCCAGUGGUAGGCAUAGCAGUUCUACAUCUCUUUAAUGCAGAGCGCUGCGUGGCAGUGGUGCAGCAAACAACUGGGAGGGGGAAACGCUUUAUUUUUUCACGAUGAAAAUACGAAGGCUUAGAUUAAUAAACAGCAAUCAUGCAUGGGGGAGGGAGGGGUUCAUCAGACUUUACUGACUGUAUGAGAAAGAAAAGAAGGCAAUGAAAGGCAGAUUUUGUGUUAAUUGUGAUGUCUCAAAUAAACACUUUAUACCAGGAUCUACGAUA